AUGUGCGACCGGUCUGCUGCUGCUGGAGGUGUUCCGGACUUGGGAAUGGCGCGGGAGGGCGGAGCUUUUCUCCGCCCAGUGCGCUCUGCCGAGGCCCGCCGGGCUUCUCGGGCAUGGGCGCGUUGGUCCGCUGACCGUGCCGUGGCCACGCGCGUGGAGGAGCUGCACCGUGGCCAGCGCGUGGAGGAGCUGCAGGCCGUCCGCGGGCAGCUGGCAGCGGCGGAAGCGGCCCUGGACUACAUCGUGGGGGAUGCGGAGGUGGCACAGCGUCUCCGCGCACUUCUGCCUGCCUUCGUGGCCACGCUCCACGGGAUGGAGCCCACCUGGCUGGAGAAGCUGCGGCGCAAUGUUGCGCUCCACGCCGAGGCCCUCGAGAUCGACGUGGCGUUAGCAGGCGCUCGCGAGCUUCGCCGAGCACAGCGUGGGCCUCGCCUCGAGGCACGGCGCGCGGGAGUCGGCCGCGCCCCCACCAGCCUCUCUGCUGAUGCGGCGGAGUUCGUCCCUGGCACUUGGGAGCUGCUGCCCGUGGGGCCCUCCGUCCACGUCGUGCAGGAAGACUCCGAGAUCCACGAGCUCUUGGACGCGGAGGCUGCGCAGUUUCCUGUGCUGGGGUCCCACCCCCCCAGUACGGACGGCUCUGAGGGUGGGGCUGCUGCGCAGUUUCCUGUGCUGGGGUCCCACCCCCCCAGUACGGACGGCUCUGAGGGUGGGGCUGCUGAGGCUGGGGUCAGCGCCACGGAUGCGGAUCUGGCGGUGGUCCAGCAGUUGCACGCCCAGACAGUCGGUGCCAUCAACGCCAAGCGAAUAUCGAGGAGGCGCAAACUAUAUCCACAGCCGUUCAAGUGGAAGCUUGCCAGGCUGGAGCGUGAAGGAUGGCCCGUGUCUGUGGAGAUGAAGGAUGAGGCGUCCUGCAACCAGCAGUGA